UUUUUUCUUUCUCUUUUUCUUCCUUUUUUCCUUCCUUCCUUUUUUGUUUUCUCUCUCGCUCUCUCUCUGCAGGUCACUUUAAUCAGUGCUUUCGUCUUUCCUCACCUACCUCCAAAACCAGUGAAUAUAUUUUUUGCUUUCUGCAUCUCCUUGAGUUGUGUCUCGGCUGGCAUUCUUAUCUAUUGGUAUCGACAAGGAGACCUCGAGCCCAAAUUUAGGAACCUCAUCUACUACAUUUUGUUCUCGAUCAUCAUGCUUUGUAUAUGUGCCAACCUCUACUUCCAUGAAGUGGGGAAAUGAACUUUCCUAGGGUGAAGGUGGUGACGGCGUCCAGGUGCUCCCGAGGUCGCGUUUUUCAGCCCUGCUUUCUGGAGUGAGGGCGCAGGAGGGCUCCCACAAAACGCCCAGGGCACAGAGGCUGGAAGGAAGACCUGUGAGGAAGGUUCAUGGAGGUGUAUUUUGCCGGUUCUUCCUUCGCCAGUGAGGUGAAGUAGUGCAGUACAACAAGAGCAUUGCUUUAGGGGAUUGUGAGGAGGGAGGGUGAGCCACACAAUCGCUACUACUGCACUUAAUGAACAUUCCAGUUGUACGACGCUUGUGUUUUUCAGAGGGGCACACCCUUUUUUCUCCCCCCCGUUGUGUGUGUGGGAAAAAACACGGCCUUUUUUUAAAUUACUACACUGUACAAAAAAAAAACAACAACCCUCAGCACUGCAAAUGUCUAUACUACAUUAUAAAUAAAAAGGCAU